UCUGUCUCAUCAUCAAUCAUCAUUUUUAUAAAGAAAUUCAUCACACUGUGACAACUAGAAUCUCUCAUUUUUUGAAAGAUGUUCAUAAAUAGAAACUUUGUUAUCAUAAGUAAUGCAGUUAAUUCAUAUUGCCACAAACUGACAUGGGGAAAAUGCAUAAAAUUAAAAGGAGUGUCGAAAUCUGUUUUUGAGAAACGUCAUGUUACUACAAUUGUUGCAGCAAGAGAGUCUUUGAAAGAUUUGGUUGGAGGAACAAAGAAGUUAAUUGGAGUGAGUGAUGAGUCGAGUAAAAUUGAGAUGGCACCGGUGGCAGAGUCUCAGGCUGAACUUCCUGUCCGGAGUAUGUCUGACAGCUAUUCCGAGUUGAUUAUUCCAUUAUCCAAUGUUGUUGCAAGGCAAAAGUACCUCAAUCCAAGCUUAAAAGGAGUACGAUUUGGAAGAAUUCUUGAAGAUUUAGAUACAUUUGCAGUUUACAUAAGUUAUAAGCAUACUGUGGUGGACAGGUCUAAGAAAGCAGCAAUAUCCAUAGUUACAGCUCUAGUGGAUAGGAUAGAGAAACAGACAGACAUCGUGCCUGAUAUGGAUGUCAAGAUGACGGGGAAUGUCACAUGGGUCGGAAAAUCCUCAAUGGAAGUUACAAUGAAACUACAACAGGAAGUGAAUUCUGCCAUACAGACCAUACUUAUAGCCAAAUUUCUUAUGGUAUCAAGAAACCCAGCAACUAAAAAAGCAGCAGUUGUAUGUCCAUUGAAACCCGAAACACCCAAGGAAGAAAAAAUAUUUCAGCUCGGAGAAGUAAAUAAGUUGGUGAGACAAGGAGAAGCAAAGAGAAAUCUUCUUAAAACCCACCCCAGCGAGGAGGAGAGAGAAAUGAUCCACCAAUUGUUUCUUCAGACACUGGAUCCUAACUUCCAAACAUUUCGUCAUCGUGUGAAGCCAGAAAAUAGCGUGUGGAUGGAGGACACAAUCUUAAAAAAUCUCCACAUUUGUUUUCCAGAGGCCAGGAAUCUUUACAACAAGAUAUUUGGUGGAUACCUGAUGAGGAUAGCUUAUGAAUUAGCCUGGGCUAAUGCUGCUCUGCAUUGUUCCUCAAGAAACUUUAGUCUGAUGAUAGUGGAUGAUAUUGCCUUUUUGAAGUCUGUAGAAAUCAGGUCUCUUCUGCUGAUGUCUUCCCAGGUUGUAUUUACACAGGACACAAGUUUACAGAUCCAUGUCCAUGCUGAGGUGAUCGACCCUGAUGAUGGAUCUCGAUCUACAAGCAAUAAUUUUCAUUUCACUUUCCGAUGCCAUGAGCCAACCAUACCAACUGUCAUGCCUAAAACAUAUGCAGAGUACAUGUUAUACCUGGAUGGAAAGAGGCACUUUGAAAGCUGAUCAACAUUCUUUUUAUUAGUUAGAUACUUUCAAUGCUUGGUUCAUAAGGAAUUUAUAUCAACCAAUAUUAGUUUACCAAAUUUUUGGAUUUAAUACACGUAUUUAUUUCAAGAUUGGUAUUCAAAUAUGUAGAAAUAAAAAAAGAAAAGGAUCUAUUAGUGUGAAUUUAAGGAAAUGAAAUGCAAUCCUUAAAUUCAGUUGUGGAAUUAUUUUCAUCUCUCUAUUUCUCUGACCUAUAUGACAUGCAUGUUAACAGAUAACUUUCUCUGUCUCAUUUAUCAUAACCUGGAAAAUGAAAUGAAUCAUAUAUUCUCUAUGAAGUUAUUUUAAAGUAAUUUAUGAGUUCACAGAAUUAUUUUAUACCAACUUUUUUCUCCAAAAUUGGUGCGGGAGGGGUCCCACAAAGUAUUUUUUCAUCCUUUUGCUCCUACUUACCUGUAUAUAAAAAAAUAAAGAUAAUUUAUUGGGCAUUUAAAAGACUAGCACAAUUAAUUCUUAAUGUAAUUAUGCAUAUUCUUAUUGAGUUGUUUUAUGGUGAAUUUUUAAGAUGGCAAUUCUUUUUGCAAACAAUUGUAUGUAGCUGGUAUCAUGAAAUCAAUGUGCUUUAAUACUUAGCUAGACAACAAUGCAUUUUUUUUCCUAUGGUUGUUUUGUUUACUUAUAUGAUAUUAUUUUACCCAGUGAUUUAAUUAUUAUUUCAAUGAUUAUAUAUUUUUUUCCUUAUAUUUUUGUAGUAUUAUAGUUACCUUUAUAAAAUUCAUAUUUUUUUUUUUCAAGAAGUACAUUUUAGGAAUGAC